AUGGCGCGCCACGCCACCGCCGCCGCCCUCGCGAUCGGCGCCGCCUGCCUCCUGCUCGCGGGCCGCGCGUUUGUGGCGCCCGGGGCGGACCUCGCGCGGGCGGCCGCGCAGGCCCCGGCGCCCCGCAGCCCGGCGGCCGCGGGCGCCGCGGCGGCGCUCGCAGCGGCGGGGCUCGUCGCGUGUGGGCUGCUGGGGCAGCGCCGGGCGUCGACGGCGGCGGCGCGGGCGGUGCGCCGCGACCUGGCCGUGGCGUACGAGGACAGCGGCAUCGACCUGCUCGACAACGGCCAGUUCGCCCAGGGCCUGGUGGGCGCCGAGGGCGCGUGGGGCCGCUACGAGUUCGACCCUGCGGGCUUCUCGCGCUACACGGAGUUCGUGCCCUGGUUCCGCGAGGCGGAGCUCAAGCACGGGCGCAUCUGCAUGCUCGCCUGGCUGGGCCUGGUGGUCCCGGACUUCGUGCGCAUCCCGGGCGAGCGCUACUCCUUCGAGGCCGUCCCCUGCGUCCUCGACGCCCACGACCGGCUCAAUGGAAGCGUGGGCGUCAACGUCCAGAUCCUGAUCUGGAUCAGCGUCGUCGAACUCUGCUGCGCGAAGAAGGUCUUCGAGUGGAACUCGGUGGAGUGCGCCGGCGACUACAACUUUGGCAUCCAGUUCCUGCCCAAGGAUGAGGAAGGCCAGAAGCGGCUCCGCCUGGCCGAGCUCAAGAACGGCCGCCUGGCCAUGAUCGGGUUCGGCGGCGCUGUCACCCAGGCCGUGCUCACGCACAACCCGUUCCCGUGGCUGUACUGA